AUGUUUUCCUUUUUGGCUUUUCACUGCUUAUCAGUUAAUAAAAACAACUAUUAUACAUGCGAUGAGAUAGAAUACUGCAAAAGGGAUAGAUUCAUCGACGAAGAAGACUGGAAACUUAUAGAUUUCAAGUCAGAAAAAGAAAAAUUUAUUGGUACAAUAACAAAAGGCAAUAAAACAGAAAGACUACAUUUAAACAUAACAUUCCAUGCUAAUGAUAUGAUCAGAAUUAGAUUCGAACCAGUUGAAGAAAAAGACUUCGAAAGAUACGAUAUUUCAAAGGAAGAACUGAUAAUUAAUCAAACUAUUAUCAAUGAAACUUCAGAAAUCAAAGUUUCCGAAGCAGAAAAUUUGAUCAAAGUCGAAAAUUCAAAAUAUAGAAUCGAAAUUUCGAAAUCUCCUUUCAAUAUUAUAGUUUACGAGAACAAUUCCGCUGUGUUAUCACUCAAUGAUGAUAAUAAGGCUAUUUUCAAUGUUGGUGGCAAUACAAAAUCAAAUAAUAAAUACGGAGAUAGAGAUAUUGCCCUCUCAUUCAAAUUCUUAACACCAGAAACAAAAUUAUCAGGUGUUCCAGCUCAUACUUUCCCUAUCCAAUUACCAGAUACUAAGAUAAAUCUCAGUCCAUUGAUGGAUCCAUUGCGCCUCUUCAAUACAGACAUCAAUUCGUUCGAAGUAAAUUCACCUAUGUCAAUGUACUCGGCCAUCCCUUACAUCAUUGGCCGCUCAGGUGAGAAAACAACUUCAAUAUUAUGGUUAAAUGCAGCUGAAACAUGGAUUGAUAUCGAAAAAACUACAGCUAGAUUCAUGUCUGAAACAGGUUACAUCGAUCUUUUCAUUUUCUCUGGAACACAUUCCUCAGUUAUUAAUUCUUACACUUCAUUAACCGGUCGCCCAGUUUUACAUCCAAUAUUCGCUCUCGGAUACCAUCAGUGUCGCUGGGGAUAUAUGGAUAGCGACGAAAUCCGUGACAUUUCGAAGAAUUUAGACAAUUCUGAAAUUCCACACGAUGUUAUGUGGCUCGAUCUCGACCAUACUAACGACAAAAAGUAUUUCACCUUCUCUACAGGCUUCCACGACAUGAAGAGGCUUCAAAAAGAGUUCUUUAAGAAAGGAAGGAAAAUUGUUGCUUUAGUUGACCCACAUCUUGCUGCCAAAGAAGACUACGACAUUUACUUAGAUGCUCGCGAUAACGGAUACUUCGUAACAACGGAGACAGGCGGAGAUUUGAGAUUAAAAUGCUGGCCAGGAGUCAGUGCAUGGCCUGAUUACAUGAAUCCAGAGGUAAGAGACUGGUGGUCAUCAUUAUUCGAGUACGAAAACUACAAGAAGAGCACAAAAAUUUUACAUAUCUGGAAUGAUAUGAACGAACCAGCAGUUUUCGAUAUCAAAGAUGCUACUCUUCCUCGUGAUAGCUUGCAUUACGAAGGCCACGAAGAAAGAGAAGUCCACAACAUCUAUGGCCACAUGAUGAUCUCAUCAACUUACGCCGGAUUGAGAAGAAGGAAUCACGAUGAGAGACCAUUUAUUUUAACAAGGUCUUUCUUCGCAGGAAGUCAGAAAUUUGCUGCAGCCUGGACUGGAGAUAACUCUGCAACAUGGUCCAUGCUUGCAAACUCCCUUCAGAUGGUCAUUACUUCUGGUAUCUGCGGUAUGCCAUUCAACGGUGCAGACGUUGGAGGUUUCUUCGGUUCACCGGAUAAUGAUCUCUUAUGCAGAUGGUAUCAACUCGCUGCAUGGACAUAUCCGUUCUUCCGCGAGCACUGCCAUCACGAAAGUGCACGUAGAGAGCCACAUCUCUUCACUUCAGAUCGAAUCCAGAUAAUUCGUGAAGCAGUUAACGACCGUUACUCACUUCUUCCACUCUGGUACACCCUAAUGGAAGAGGCCCAUAGAACUGGCAAUCCAAUUGUCCGACCACUUUGGUGGCACUUUUCUGAUCGUAAUGAUGAAGAUAUUGCAUUACUUGGUGACACGAUUUUAGUCGCUCCUAUUGUUAAACAACAGGCAGUCGAAAAGGUUGUGACACUUCCUCAAGGCGUAUGGUACUCCUACAGAAAGAUGAGACCAGCAAGAGGCGAAAUAGUCAUGAAAAACAUUAAGAAUAUCAUCCCUGUUUUCAUAAGAGGAGGAAAAAUUUUCGCUAGAAAAGAUGCAAAAGUGACAUCGACGGUUUCCCUCAAGAAAGCACCAUAUACGAUCGUCGUUGCUCUUAACGAAAAUGGCACAGCAUCCGGAUCGCUCUAUAUUGAUGAUGAACACUCUUUCAAUUACGAAAAAGGCGAAUUUUGCAGAGUACACUUCAAAUUUGAGAAUAACGUUCUGACAUCUACCGUUGAAGGCGAUUUAGAGGUCUUCAAGCAGAAGAUAUCUCGCAUUGAAAUCGCAGGUAUCAAUAAAGCUCCUUCUGUCGUCAAAAUGCCGAAAUAUAAUUGCCAAUUCACUUAUGAAAGAGGAGUUUUGUCAAUAACUGAAGUCGAUCAUGUUAUAAGUCAGCCUAUUGAUCUCCAAAUCCAAUAUCCCCAAGAGGAACUCUGA